GGCUGUUUUCUGUCUGUCAGUUUUGGGGCGCCGGCUCCUGGAGCUGCCAGGCGCCCUGGGCAAAGCACAGUUUCCUAUCUGACCUCGCUGCUGAGCCUGACUCACCCUGACUCCGUCCCCCACCCCUGCCCGGGGCUGGAGUGGGGCCGGGAGAUGGCUGCAUCCCUGCAGUCUGGGUGGAGACACUCUGCAAAGAUCCACCUUCCCCAGGGCAACUGAGCACCUCCGCCCCUUAGCCCUCUGUCUCCUGGAGGCUUGGACAAUGGGCUUCGGGGCAGGCUCUGAAGUGGGCUGAGCUGCUCAGCCGUUCCCACCCUCCUCCUCCUGUGUCUGGGCCUAACCGAUUACGUGCAGCAGGGCGGGGGCUGCAGGGGGGGGCACAGCAGGGGUUCUGCCCGCCCGGAGCUGCUCUGCUUAAGUUGAGUGCAGGGCAGGAGGCCUGGGUGGUUUCACUCGCUCCAUUCUGCAUCUGUGGCCCUAACUAAAGAGGUGAUUUGAACUGGUUUCAUUACACUGGCCCAGCCCCAGUGUGGAUGCUCGGAUUUUGAUUGAAGUCGACUGGGAACAGGUCUGAGUUAAACCGAAAUAAACCUGGCUCCAGCCCCUACCCUGGGUUCAAACCUGGUCCGGCCUCAGAUGGCGGGUUACCUGUGUCUCGCCGCGUUCCUCCUGGCGGCUCUGCCGACCCGCUACGCCAGCCCGCUCUCCUCCGGCUCCUCCCUGCGCUUCAUCGCCCUGGGGGACUGGGGAGGGGUGUCCAAUCCCCCCUUUCACACGGUACGCGAGGUGGCCACAGCCAAGGAGAUGGGCCGCACGGUGGCAGCGCUGGGCGCGGAUUUCAUCCUGUCCCUCGGGGACAACUUCUAUUACAACGGGGUGCGGGACGUCAACGACAAGAGGUUCCAGGACACCUUUGAGGCCGUGUUCAAGGCGCAGCCGCUGCGCAAGGUGCCGUGGUACGUGGUGGCCGGAAACCACGACCACUCGGGGAACGUCUCGGCUCAGAUCGCUUACAGCAAGGUCUCCAAGCGCUGGAACUUCCCCAACUACUACUACAGGCUGAAGUUCAAGGUUCCCCAGAGCAACGCCACGGUGGCUCUGCUCAUGAUCGACACUGUCACCCUGUGCGGGAACUCGGACGACUUCCAGAGCCAGCAGCCCCAGCAGCCCCGGGACGUGGGGCUGGCCCGCAGCCAGCUGGCCUGGCUCCGCAAGCAGAUGGCUGCCUCGCAGGACGACUACCUGCUGGUGGCCGGCCACUACCCGGUGUGGUCGGUGGCCGAGCACGGCCCCACGCAUUGCCUGGUGAAGCACCUGCAGCCGCUGCUGCUCAAGUACGAGGCGACCGCCUACCUGUGUGGCCAUGAUCACAACCUGCAGUACCUGCAGGACAAGGCUGGCGUGGGCUACUUGCUGAGCGGGGCCGGCAACUUCAUGGAGAACUCGCGGAAGCACUAUCACAAGGUGCCCGAGGGCUACCUGCGCUUCUUCUACGCCGAGCCGGCGUCCCUGGGUGGCUUCGCCUACGUGGAGAUCGACGGCAAGGAGAUGAGCGUCACCUACAUUGAGGCCAGCGGGAAAUCCCUGUACAAGACCUCCCUGCCCCGGAGGAGCCGCCGCUGAGACCCCUCCGUGCGCACCGAUCUAGGAGGACGCAGGAAGUGGGGGUUCAGAGCUCCCUCUUUCGUUUGGGGCUGAGGGAAUUGCUGCGAGGGGCACUGAAGCUGGCUGAUCCCUGGGGGAAUCCUCCCCUCACCCUCUGUAGCCCCCUAGGCUUUGCAAACACCUCCUCCCCUGCACCCACUAGCUGGCUGGAGAAGCCCCCCCAGUUCAUUGUCUGAUCCCCUCUUGCCUCCUCACUAGAUCACUCCAGCCCUCUCGGACGCCCCGAGAUCCGGGUUUGACUCCUGGCUGUGCCAGAGUCCCCUGAGCGACCUCGUCUUCCUCUCUUUAGGCACCAGCUAACGGCCCUUUCAUGCUCCCCCCUUUGCCUGCCGAGGCUGUAAAUUCCUUGGGG